AUGGUCAAGCAAAAGCAAGUGGGUGGUCUUGUGGACUUGCUACAUCAUCCUUUGGUGUUGAAGCAUUUAACGAGUCAUCCAGAAACUGAACUGGUUUAUUCAAAUAUACUACAUUCAAGUAUGAUUGACUAUCCCCAGGAGUUUCUGCAGUAUCAAAAUUUGUUUGAAACGGAUAGUAUUGAUCUUGUUAUAUGCGAUUCAUUUGCUGUCAGUUGCAUUGAUAGUGCAAUGGUGUCUAAAAUACCAGUAAUCAUAACAACAACAACAGGAACAUUUUUUGACAAUGGUGCGAGAUAUAUCAAUAAUCUACCUUUUACCACAAUCGAUCCAUCGACGCAACACGAAUCACCUUGGAAACGACUUUAUCGAAAUUGGAUUCGCUACCCCAAGUUUAUGCACGAACUAGAAAAGAAAUUAGACUACGUAUGUGCUUUUCAACAGAAAUUUGGUUUAAGACCCUCCGUAGAUGUGUCGACAGCUAAAUACAAUGAUAUCCCUAAAAUAAUCAACAAUGUGUUUGGGAUUGAAAUAGCAAGAGCUCAUAGUCCUUUAGUACAUUUGAUUGGACCCGUCAUGAGAAACGAUUAUCCUUCAUUUGAUAAUACAACAUUGGACUAUUUAAAUUCUCACCAUAGUGUGGCGUAUGUAGCUUUUGGCCAGCAUGCUGUUCCUAGCAACAGCGAUGUACACAUGAUUAUGCAAACAUUAGUCAUUUUAUUGGAGAAGCAAAUGAUCGAUGGCAUUAUCUGGGCUCGUUUAAACAAGGACCAGUUACCGGAACUGAUAAAAACCUCAGCACGUAGAUACUCUUUGCGGGAUAUUCUAGAUCAUAAAGAUAUCUACUUACCCAGAUGGGCACCCCAAUUUGCUAUUCUUCAACAUCCUUCCACCUCGUUCUUUUUGAGUCAUGGUGGUGUUGGCUCAUUACACGAAGCUCUCUUUAACCGCAAAAAAUUAUUUAUAUAUCCGUUUUUCGGUGAUCAGCCUGUGAAUGCAAUGACCAUUGAUCGUUUAGGCGUCGGGAAAUAUCUGGAUACUACGAAUCUAAACUAUAACUAUCAAGAUUACCAAACAUUGUACGAAAGAUUGUCCAUGCUGGCAGUCGAUCCGCAGAAAAAGAUUCAAGAUAAGCUAGAUCGUUACAGUGCAUUUAUUCAAGGGAGUGCUAUUCAUGCUGUUGUGCGAGGUGCGGAUAUUAUGGAAGAGAGUUUGUUUGCAAGCGAUGACAGUGGUAAAUUGUCUUAUCGCCGAGAUGUUGGAUAUGAUAUCCAUUGGAUGAAAAAGAAUGAUAUUGAUAUCUAUGCAUUGGUUGUGAUACUAUGCUUUAUCGCACUCAAAACGGGAUAUAUUGUAUAUAUAAACAUGUCCGAGGCAAAGUACAGUAAAUUGCAUAAAAAGAUGGUUUAA